AUGUCUGGGCCACCGCCACGGCUGGGGCUGAAGGCGGCGAGCCCCGGAGUGGCAGGCGCCGACGAGGACUGUAACAGCAAUACAAGCCUCACCGGGAGCCAGCACUCAGCGCACGAUGAAAUCGACGCACACUGUGACAACUCUGGUUACCUCUGGUUCCUCGACUACAACCCAAUUUUUCGAGACGGCUCCUGUCACCACACCUCAGUGCUGUCGUCGGUGUCGGCUUCGUACAAAGGCAUCAGCGACCUAACUUCACGAUUCGAAUUCACAUCUCGAUACAACGACAUAGCAAGAGACCUCGACGCUAACCUCGCCGAGGCUGAUAUGGAGAGUUUUCGAACUGAAGAUAUACAUGCACUGUUGAUGACCGCCAACUUGCCACACGACACCAUUGUAGAUGAUAGGACGCAUGAUAGUAAUCCUCAUGGCGAAAUGUUCGCGAGCAUCUCUAGUUCUCUCAUGGAAAGGUUUCGAUUUGACAGCAGUAUCAGUACCAACAGUAGUUUCCAGGGUGAAGAAUCCGUCGGUUCGAUCAACACUAUGUCGAUAUGCAAGUCUGAACUUCUGUUCUCCCCCGUGAAAGAGGGUGGUCAUGGCGUUCACUUUAGUGUGGAUAGCCUAGACUGCGAGCUGCCCUCUGAGCAGGAUCUCAUUCUCACCUGCCAAGCCAAUAAGGACAACUACACCAUCGCCUUCGAGGGCAGUCUCACCACAUACUCUGAGGACAGUGAGUGCGUUGAAUCGGCCGUCAAUCAAAGACAUGACAAAUUGGGCGAGGAAGACACUUUAGUUUUAGAUAACAAUGAAAGAACGCGCAGGAACUUAGAAUUAUUAGAAAGAUGUAAAAAAAUAACAAAUAAGUUAACAACGUCUAUGGCUAGGAGUGAUUUAGGUUUAACUACUUGGAGUAAGCUUAAGAAACAAACAAGUCAGUCACCGUUAAGAAGGCACCCAUCAGGAAAUAACAACGAAGACUCAAAUGAUUCGACUGAUACUGUAAACGAUAACAUGAAUAAUUCAGUCAUUAAAAGCCAAAGCCUGCCAAAUCUGUAUAGAAGGAAACUUAUGAGUAGUUCCAUAAAUUCAGCUGCUCUGAGUAAUUCAACGGUUGAUUCUUUUACCGUCAAUACAAGACUAACAGGCACUCCAAUGUGUAUGAAAGUUUACGAUGUCUCACAACACAGAUCUACACAUGGAAGCCAGCACUCAGAACCUAUGAGCACUUCUUCAACUGAAAAUCAAACUUCUUCAGACAAAAGCCAACCUAAACAGACAUUCAGUUUAGUCAAGUUGUUUAUGAAACAGAAAAGCAUGAGUAACGAUGGUAUCGUGAGUAUGGAGCAGUUGGAAAGAUCAGAGUGCUGGCCUUCAAGUUCUGGCGGUGAAAGUGGAGAGUCUAUGGGUGAACAAAGAUUAGGAGAUUCUAAAUCAGGAAUCUCUGAACGUCCACAAAUUGAUUUGCCUAGUGAUGCAGUGGAAGAAGUUACGUCGAUUGUUUACGAAGAGAUUCAUAAUACCGGUCCCCAUAGUUAUAGAGUAUAUGAUGAAGUUCUAAUAGAAGAAGAAGAAACGAGUAAUGGAGAUAAAUUGAGUGACAGUGAUGCCAAUCUUUAUGCUACUGUUAAUAAACACACACAUCUUAAAAGAACAAACUUUAAUAUCAUGAAUAGUCCUUCUAAGCAAAGAAGCAAUAGGAAAUCGUGUUCACCACAAUCUUCUGCAACCAGUGUUAGUAUUUCCAGUUGUUCCGAAUCCGAUGGAACACAAAUUACUAGAAUGAAUAAGCUCUUGCAACGACAACCUUGUGAUAACAAGUCAACAUCAACUCACCUCGAAACUGAUACAUUGGAUAAAAGUAUACAAACAUCGAGCAUGCAAUUGUCAAGCAUGUCUCAACGAGAACUCUUUAAACUAGUGGAACCUUCUUUCUUGGAAAAAUUAAAAGAAGGUGACUGUGAAAAGCCAGUGUUUGUUCUGUACCCCAACUAUGCUCUUCCGGAUAUCAGUUUCUUGAAUGGCAGACCAAAUAUUUAUUUAAACCCUAUGAAAAUAAAUGUAUCAACGAAAUCAAGUGAAGCUAAAAGAAAUAGAUUGCAAGUAAAGGGCAAACGGCCUUUUUCGUGUAAUGAUCUGGAAAUGUUAAAGAAAAAAGGUCUAGGACACAUAAAAGACUGGGAUUCACUUAACUUUUUAUUGCCAUUGGAAUGUAGGCAAUUAUUGUCUGAAGUCCCGGAAUUAAUGCAACAUAUGAAGGAAAAAGAAGGGACGUCUAAAUGUGGAGAUAAGUAUUGUGGUGCAUCACGUUCCACUAGAUCUAGAAAUAGACCAACUAGCUGUGAUUGUAAUAAUUUAGCAGGCAACACAACUGCUGUAUCAUCAAGUUCAAGUACAGCUACCCAACCAUCGUCAGGUUACCGAGGCUCUUCCACAAUGCUUACAGAUUCUUCAGCGCAAAACAGCCCCGCACCAGCUGGAAAUUUCAAUCCAUUAUUUGUCUACCGCUACGAUAGUGCGACCAGUUCAGAAGCAAGUGGUCAUAAUAAUGAUGGACAGCGAACAAAUCCCGCUGUACCAAAACGAUCGCUUUUACUAACAGAUCAAAAUCGUAUUCCCAAACAAGGAGAAUUAGCACCUCCGAGGCCGCCAUUACCAAAAAGUAUAUUACGUAAGUCAAUGGACAAAACUCGCAAAUCAAACUCGCACACAAAGCGAUACAGUAUGUUUGAAAUGGAUGAUCUAAUUCAAGAUCCAGUUCUAUGCUUAACGACUACGACAGAACAUAAAACAAAAAGAAGAUCUUUACAAGAACCAUACUAUCUGCAAAAUCAAAAUACAGAUUACAGAAAAAAUAAUGAUUUAGCUGCUAAACGAUUAUCGCAACAAUUUCUCGAUGCAGCAGAAAAAGACGCCGAUUACAACGAGUACUACCCGGAUGAAGGUGUUGGAACUGAGAGCAGUUUAGAAUCAGGCAAAUCUAACGAAAUGAGGUACCAAAGACCCCACACCCCGCCGAUGCCUAAACCACGAACAAAGCAGAUAGAAUACACUGAAUUUCCACCACCUGGUGCACUUAUUAGUAGCGCCGAUUUGCAGCAAUUAGAAGAAUUUUUGAAACACAGUGGCUUCAAUUGUCAAAAUAUGGACGAAUGGGACCAAAAUCAAGUACAAAAGGGAAAGAAUCUAGCUGAAAUACCAAUUUGUGAAGAAGCUGAAGUAAGUCCAGAUGAGUUUGCGAGUCCCGUUCAUCAUGAAAUAAGAGGAAAAUAUGACGUGAUUGACGUGUCACAAAAGAGAGCCUUGGUUUCCAAUGUCACCGAUGCCGUUGAAAUGUUGAUUCAACACUUCUCCCCGGCUACGGAUCAAACUGAGUUGGCCUUUCUAGGAGACUCAAAAGAAUCUCCAGCUUGUGCCAAAAUAGCGCUCAAUGCUUUAUGUCCAGCUUUAUAUGCUAUCUUUAGAGAUGGAUUGAAAGAAAAUAUUGAAACCUCUUUUGGAGCCGUAAAUAACUCUGUGUGGCAAAUGGUUGAAGCUACAGCAAGACAAGGUCCCAUAACCAAAUCUCUCGAUGAAUUAGUACUAAGGAUUAAUAGUGAGGAUGCCGUUACGGAAGGAUUAGUCAAAUUUAAUGCAUUUAUUCUAGGCUUGCUCAAUGCGCAGUCUGUGGAUGCUUGGGUUUCAUUCGUUAGAACCAGGGAAUCAGUAUUAGCUAAACAUUAUACACCUGACUCUCUAAUACUGGCUGGGUGUGUGGGUGAAACACGAUGCCGAGCUCUAUUAGAUACUCUACUUGCCAGUUUGGAACCCUUAAAACUGCUGCCAUUCUCAUUGGACCUCAUGUUUGAAAUGCGCGAACUGCAUAGAAGCUUCAAGAAGAUUGAAAGUGACAUGCGUGCUGCAAGCCGACCAACUUCAAUUAACACUCCGCCACUAACUCUGAAUCAGCGGAAUUUGCUGAAGCUGGUGCGAUCUAUGCAGUCGAGUGGACUCUCGAGUGACGACUGCCAAACAUCUGUUAUUAUGAGGCAUAAAGAGCCCAAGAAUAAAGAACCAUCUACACCUGAUCUCUUGAAUGAUUCGGCGAAUGUUAAAACCACAGUUGAAAAAAAUAGACCACGUUCCUGUGUCAAUCCCACGACCAUUGGUUACGAUAUUUGCCCAAAUAAUAGCAGAAUAGAACUGGAAACUAACCGCAGAUGGUCUGGGGUUCACUUGGGAUCUAAGUUGAUGCAGGCUUUCGAUAGGCUCGUGUUGGACGACAGCGAUGAUUACACAGAUAGUCUUGAAAACAAUAAGCCCUCCGUUAAACCGUCCAGCAAUGAAGCGAAGCUGGAGUGCAGCGGGGACGAGCAAUGGCGACCAGGAUCAGCCAGCAGCGGUGCAAGUGGCAACACUGGCAAUGCGAGUGGUAAUUCUGGUGGCAAGUUCAGAAGAUUGCAAUUAAAGUGGGAAAUGCUGAGCAAUGCGGAAAGUCCCGUUACACCAUCAGGAGAGACGUCCCCGGCUACGGCACGUGGCUCGAAAAUUCCGCGGCCCGUAUCAUCGCCUGUCCGACCGCAAGCACCUGCAUUGCAUUCGCCGGCUAAAAAUACCCAUCGGGGUAUCCCAGUCCCAGUACGAAAGGGUACUUCUCCCACUACAUCAACGCCUAGGGCUUCAUCUGCUAGAGCUACAACUUCUAACAAAAAACCACCUCAACCAAUAAACAGAAUUACACCCGAGACGACAGCGAAGAAAACCAACGUGAACAAACUGAGAGUGCUAACUGAUGCUGUACCUAAAAUCACAGACAAUACUAAGAGAACUCCUCCAGCGUCCCGCUUGGACGGCGCUUGCGCGGGAGGCGCGGCGCGGCCUUCGUCGCUGCCGUACGGGCGCGCGCCGCCGCCCGCCGCGCCGCGCCGCGCCGCCUCCUCCUCCGCCGCGCGCGACCACAGGAACACCGCGCAGCAGAAACAUAAAUACGUAAGAACGCUAUGGCAUCGACUACCUUCGGAUUCGGGGCACCUCGCCUUCAACGAGGGCGAACGUCUCCGACUGAUUCUCGAGGUAGACGAUCAGCACCUGCUGUGUUGUAGAGGUGAACAGAAAGGAUUGGUGCCACGCGAUGCAGUGCUUUUAGAGGACUUCUGA